AACACCAUAUAUUCACUUAUUUAUAUAGUAAUUAACUUUUGAGCUCAAAAAUUGAAUUUGUGUGUGAUAUAGUUAUAACUAGUCAUGGAGAGGAAACCACUUGGGGUUUUGUUCACGCUCUUCCUUCUCUCAGCAGCAGGUGUUGUGGUUAAGAUAGGAGGGAGUCGAAUGUGCUUGUUCAAGAGUGAGAGAUUCACAGGUCUUUGCCUGAAUGACUACUUAUGUAAAUCUGUAUGCAAGACAGAAUUUUCCCUCGAUGGCAAAUGUGGAGGAGGCCUUCACUUCACAUGUUUUUGCCUUGAUUUUUGUUGAAAAGCAUGCAACUUCUAACCAAUCAUAAAUGACACUUACUCGUGAUUCUACUUGACUGGUGCUAUUAACCACAAGCAUAUGCAAAUGGUCUUUUAUUAUACUAUAUGGUCUGGAUCACAUUUCAGCGAUAUAAUUUGAGUCCAGUAUUGGUGGCCUCUGGCCUUAUUCUUCAUUUCAAAUCCAGGCACUUUAAAUUGGAUCUCUAAGACGCAUUCAAAUUUGCAAAGGGGUAUAAAGGAUAUCAGACAUUUUGUUCAAAGCCCAAUAAUAUAGAUGACCCAACUUGUAUCAAAUAGUUCUUUUUUGUUAAUUAUAGAGUAUAAGUUGUAGUUUUUUGUUGGAAAAAGUGUAGGAGAGGUGUGGAGUUGGGGUGAUUGUAAAUGUAAACUCAAAUCAACAUCAUAAUUAUAGAUAACAACACAAUAUUUCCAAAAUUCAAUUA